GGCGUGGCGUGGCGAGCAGCUGGCGCCCGGCGGCCCGAGGCAGCAACCUCGGAACGCAGCGACGGCCACAAGAAAUCGAGCCGCCGCCGCCGCAGCCAGGGAGGACGGAUAGAUAGAUUAUUAUUCAGCUCAGGAGAUGGGACGGGGAAAAAGCGCGCGCGGAAAAGGGUCCGGCGGGGGAAAAAUCCCGUCCGACGUGGCGCCCCGGCCGCUGCCCUUUUUCUCGCCCCCACUCGCUGGCCUUCCGGUCUCCAUUUCGUGCCUACCGCCUCCUCAUCUCCUCUCGUCUCGUCUCCUCUCCCCACCCCUGCUUCCGCCCUCCGCCCCCUGCGAGAUCGGCAGCUCUUGGAAGGGUGUUCAGGUGUCGGUGGUGUGGCCUUGGCGCACGCUCUCGCCUUCUGCUGCUGCUUCGCUGGCGCUCAGGGUGAAGAGCCGGUGAGCCGAGUUUCCGUCAGAUUCGGUGGUUGUGCUGAUUCAGAAAUCCGGCGAUGGCUCGUUUUCAGGAAAUCAAGGUGAGGAACGACCAAAGGCCUGCUGCUGAUCGCGUCGACCAUGGAGACUUCAUCGACCAUCUUCUGAAGAAAACUCUGAAUUCCGGUGCGACGGACGACUUGCCAGAAGGAGCGCGAGCCCCUAAGGCACGCAAGCCAUACACGAUAUCCAAGCAGCGGGAGAAAUGGACAGAGGACGAGCACAAGCUAUUCUUGGAAGCCCUUCAGCAACAUGGCCGUGCCUGGCGUCAUAUACAAGAGCACAUAGGCAGCAAGACUGCCGUGCAAAUCAGGAGCCACGCUCAGAAGUUCUUCUCCAAGGUCAUCCGAGAAUCAUCUGGGGAUAGCAACAGCAUAGCUGCUCCACCACAAAUUCAUAUUCCUCCGCCACGGCCAAAGAGGAAGCCAGCGCACCCAUACCCGCGCAAGCUGGGUAAUUCACUCUGCAAGGAUGCCUCUACAAUCAAACAGCUUGAGAAGCCCCAGUUGAAGAUACAGUUGCUGUGUGAGCAGGAGAAUUGCUCUCCAAAAUCUGUGUUGACCACAGCACAGAUAGGCUCCGAGACCAUGGCAACUGAAGGUAGUGGAUCACCAGCUUCCUCGGUUUACAUGGAGGAGAAAUGCCUCACACCAAGCACAUCUGUUGGGGAAGUAGCACUUUCCAAGGAUUCCACCACUUCCAAUGGUGCGGCAUGUGGAAUACCUGAAGGUCCAGUUCUUAGGCUAUUUGGCAAGAGGGUUGUGGUAAAUAAUUUGCAUCAGCAGCCAAACUCCAAUACUGGAAACCUACAACAUGCAGCAGACAUGGAACUGGACGCUUCAGCUGAGACACCAACUAGUGGAACUGGAAAGUUCUCUUCCCAUGGUGCAGAAGAAGCGAAGACAUGGAGCCCGUGGCUGACUGGUACACAGCAGUUUAUAUACUAUCUUCCUCAAGGGGAGGUUCUUUCUGUGCAUUCUGCUUGCCAAUUUCUCAGCUACAGUAAUGGAAGCAUAUCUUAUGGAGUGUUGAGUCCACAGACAGUUGCCUCAAAUAAGCAGCAACACCAGCCAUCUCAAGCUGCAGACUGCAAGUUCACAAGGGCAGAAGGAUCGUGGGCAGAAUCGAUCACAACCUCCUGCAGUGUGCCUGAAACAACAACACAGAAUUCAGAUUCUAUAGAAUCUACUCAAGUAAACAACGACGAUGACGAUGAAGUGAUACCUGUUCCAGGUUCAAGAAAAUGUUUAAGCACAGUUCCAACCUACCUUCGAGGUUUUGUGCCAUACAAGAAGUGCACAGCACAAAGCAAGAUGCUGCAGUCACAGGCUCCUGGCGAGGAGGCAGAUGGAGAUAUGACAAGGCUGUGCCUGUAAAUUUUUCAUAUGACUAGUACAGUACCGUAGUACUGAUGUUUUGCAGGAAGACCGUUCUGCUCUUGCUUAUGAGAGGCAGAUUGAAACAGGUGAAGUAGCCUUCCACAAAUGGAGGUGACUAUGGUCCUCUCUGCCCAUGUAUAGUUCAAGACUGAUGUUUCCAUUUUCCUCUUUGCGUGUUUGUACCCCCACAAUGGUGGAGGUUCAGAGGUCAACGGUUUACAGUUUUGAUGCAGUUAGUAAUGUAAUAGGUAUAGGAGACGGUAUUGUAUGGCGUACGAGUGUAAAUUACUAAUGCUGUUUGUGGAACAAUGACAUUAUGGCAUGGCAGCUAAAACAACUGAAUGUUGCUGAGGUUU